CCGGAGGUCACUUCCGGGCCGGGCCGGGCCGGAAGCGGCGCGCGCGCGGGCGGAUUUGAAUCGCACCGCGCCGUGCGGGUCGCUUGGGGCUGCGCCGCCGCCCGCCGGGGCUUCGCCGGGUCCCGCCCGCCGUCUUGGGGCUGGCUGCCGGUCUCCCUCCCCGUCCUCCGGUACCAGCUGCCCUUCUCCAUUCGUCUUCCCGCCGUGUCCUCCGGUACCGGCCGCCUCCCCUAAGCUCACUCUUCCGGUACCGGCUGCCUAAGCGCCCGCCCACCCCGGUACCGGCCGCCUCGCUGGCGCCUCUCUCCUUUAUCGGGCGCUCAGUCCCCUUCCCUCCGCUGCAGGAGGCCUCUUGCCUUCCCCUCCGGUCCCGGCUGCUGAGCCGUGCCCCUGCCCACCGCAGCUCUCCUGUGCCCGGGCCCCUGCCCGGUGCCCCCCGGCCGCCGGGCCCCGCGCAGCUCCCGCCAUGCCCAUCCGGGCCCACUGCACCAUCUGCUCCGACUUCUUCGACAACCAGCGCGAUGUCGCGGCCGUGCCCUGCGGCCACACCUUCCACCAGGCCUGUCUCAUUCAGUGGUUUGAUACAGCACCAAGCCGGACUUGUCCUCAGUGCAGAAUCCAGGUCAGCAAAAGACACGUCAUCAAUAAGCUGUUCUUUGACGUUGCCCUGGAGGACCAGACAGCGCUGGAUGCAGAGAGCUUACAGAAUGAACUGGACAAGACGAAGGCUCAGCUCUCCGUGAAAGAGAAAGAGAAGCGGGAAUGCCAAGCUGUUGUGGAUGGGCUGAGGGACACUCUGGAUGUGCGCAACGCCACAAUAGAGUCACUCCAGAAGGUGCUGGGAGAGACGGAGAUGCUGUGUUCCUCUCUGAAGAAACAGAUGAAAUUCCUGGAACAGCAGCAGGAGGAUAACAAAAGUUCAAAGGAGGAAGCCCGCCGUCUGCGAAACAAACUGAGAACCAUGGAGCGGAUUGAACUGUUGCUUCAGAGCCAGCGCCCCGAAGUGGAGGAGAUGAUUCGAGAGAUGGGAGUUGGGCAGGCAGCAGUGGAACAGCUUGCAGUCUACUGCGUCUCGCUGAAAAAGGAAUAUGAAAACUUGAAGGAGGCUCGGAAGAUAUCUAGUGAGAUGACAGAGAAGCUGAAGAAGGAGGUGUUUUCUGUCAGUAACAAGCUGCAGAAAACGGUCUCAGAGUUGGAGAAGACAAAGGAGGAGCUAAAAAGCACCCAGAAGGAUCUGAAGAAUGCAGAUAAGGAGAUCUUGAGUUUGAAGAAGAAGAUAGAAAUCCUGCAGGAUACUCUGAAAGUGCCAUCUGUAACCAGAGAGACCCUGAGCCGACUAGUCUUUGAAAGCCCCACUCCCGUGGAACUGCGGCACCCAAAGCUCCAUCGCCCGGCCCACAGCGAUGAGAUCAACCUAGAUGCCACUUUUGAUGUGGAUACCCCUGAACAUCAGCCUUGCAUAUCUCUUUCCAGCCCUGCAAAAAGACAGAAGCUGGAUAAAAAGCGGCCUCCUGUGGUAAAUCUGUCGAAGAAAGUUCUGAAGGAAACGGUGGAGAACUGGGCAGAUGACUUGGAGGAUGAGGCUCUUAAAGGACUCCUGCCAGCAUUCAUCAGGAACUCUGUUCUCUCGAAGAAGCCAUCCUCGGGUAGCUUGCUGGGUCCCCACAAGCACAUGGGCGCUGUGAGGGUGGGGUACGACGGCUUGGGAGGCAGAACGAAGUUCAUACAGCCUACAAACCUAACAGAAAUCCGUCCGAUAGCAGUGAGGAGCAAGAGGAAGAAUGUCUCCAGGCCAGCGCCUGCUGCUCCUUCAGCAUCUUCCUCCAGCAGCAGCCAAGUCAAACUGGACAGCUUCCUGCAGUGAGAUGCCACGUCUUUCCCGGGAGCUGGUCAGCAAGGAGAACGGGGAGAGCACCUAUCCAGAGCCUGGGCGCAAAGCUACAGGCAGCCACUGCCGUGCGGGGGGGGCUAGGGUCGUUUGCAAAGCCCCAGUGCUGCGUAGUGGGUGAGACAAGCUGCCCUGGGAAGAAUCCUGGCACUGUAGCAAGCCAACAGGAGACCAAGCCUCUGGGUAGUGUCUGAACUGGUUUACCCCUCUUUUACCUGAGUAUGUUUCUUUCCCCUUUGCUGCAGAAUAAACAGAGAUUUUUCUCAUCAUUUGGCCUGCUCAGAGCUCUGCAGUUGCUACUGCUAUUGGACUCUGACUUAAGCCUGAAGAGAGCUCACUGAAUGCAGCUGCAAGCUAAAGAUGCAGGGAGAGUAUCUCAGAUGUCCAUCUGGAGCCUCCAGGGCAGCAUUUAGGAGCAAGAGCAGAGAGGAGAGACCUGGACCAGCUCUCUGUGCCUGCUGCAAAUAAUUCAAAGAAAAGACUUCCUGCAGAAAGAGGUGUGGUUCUUGAUUUCCAAGAUGAAUUUCUCCUCCUAAAUGGAUACAGAGUUCAGACAAGCAAUCUGCUCCUUUCCCUCCAUCAGCCUUGGCACUUUCAGAGGAGGCCAGGGACCGCUUUGAGAGGCAGUGGGGAUUGCUGUCCUCUUCCAAAUGUGUGGUUUCAGCCAGGGGAACACGCACAGGGCAAAGCAGGCCCUGGUUUGUAUUGCUGUAGAGUGGCUGUAUGUUCACUAUCAAAUUAAUCGCCUUCCCUCCAUUGCAGGCCUGGGCUGGGGAGACCUGUGGACAAGCUUGGGGAUGUUCUGCCUUGCCCUGGUUUGGGACAUGGAGGUCCACUGUACUUUUCCAGACUUGUGACUUUGUGCACUAAAUGACCAGCUUGGGGGGUGGGGGUGUUGGGGGUGAUCCCCCUGCCCCAUUUGGGAAUGGGGAGAGCGGUGUGCUGCUGCGACCUCUGUUCUUGGCAGAUGUUGGUGUGGAAUGUUUUUGUAUGACUUCUAUUUUUAAGUGAGACUGUAGGGGCUUUCUUUUGAAACUGGUCUGCUUAGUGAUUUGAGGGUUAGAAAAACCACAGCCUGAAGUUCUGGAGCUUGGCUCCCUUCAGGGAGAGAGGGAGACUGAGGUGGCUGAAGUUGAACCUGUCUGGUGUCUCCUAGCUGGAGACAGAGACAGGAGCUCCUCAGUCCUCUCCCGCCCUGCGGCUGCAGCAGAUGUAGUAGAGCCAUUUGAGCUGGGCAUGGAAAUGACUAUUGAGGUCCCAUGCGAGAGAAUCUGGUACCUACAAAUCUGUGGUGCUUCUGAUUUCCAGCUGCCAGAGGCUGGAAGCCUCAAUACCUGUGUUGGCUAAAAGCAUGCCUUUAAGGAAUAAAAUAUACUACUUCGCA